AUGCCCAAGUGGACUCCCGAGCUAGACGCGAUUAUCCUCCAUGGUGUCUUUGAGGAGUGCAACAUCAGCUUCUCAAAGUCCCUCUGCAUCAAGAUCGCUGAGCGAGUCAAUGAUGCUGGGGUCGAAUGCACUCCCAAGGCUAUUGAGAAUCGCUUGUACUCUUGGAAGAAGAAGAACGUGUCGGGCGCUACAGGCUUGAACUCUGCUACGAGCACUCCCGUUCAGGCACCCGCCACUCCCAAGACACCGCGUUCUCGUGUCAAGGCCAAGGCCGAAGACCCCACGACACCUUCGCCCUCUAUCAGAAAGCGCAAGGCUACUAAGCUCAAGACUGAGUCUGCUGAGUCCCAGUCUGAGGAGAGUAGUGGGCUUGAUGACAUGCUCGCUACCAAGAAGAAAGUGAAGACUGAGGCUGUUGAGGAGGAAGUCACUCUCGAUGUGUCUGCCGAGGAACAAGUCUGA